UGACUGUGGCCCGGUGUCGUACAUUUUGCAGACUCACCAUGGCGUUGAAAGAGACAGCGGGGCUGUAUGAGACUCUGAAAGCUGAGUGGAACAAGAAAAACCCGAACCUGAAUAAAUGUGGGGACCUUCUGAGCAAGCUGAAGGUUUCCCUGCUGGAUCUGAACUUUUUACCUACCAGUGGCUCUGCGAUCACCAAGCAGCAGCUCAUUUUAGCUCGGGAUGUCCUUGAGAUCGGAGCCCUGUGGAGCAUCCUGAAGAAAGACAUCCCGUCUUUUGAGCGAUACAUGGCUCAGCUAAAGUGUUACUACUUUGACUACAAGGAUGAACUUCCUGCAGCCGCCUACAUGCACCAGUUGCUUGGACUCAACUUGCUCUUCCUGCUCUCUCAGAACCGAGUGUCUGAGUUUCACACGGAGCUGGAGAGACUAAGCGCUCGAGACAUUCAGACCAACAUUUACAUCAAACAUCCUGUCUCCCUAGAACAGUACCUGAUGGAGGGAAGCUACAACAAGGUUUUCCUCGCCAAAGGAAACAUCCCAGCUGAGAGUUACAACUUUUUCAUAGAUAUUCUGCUGGACACCAUCCGUGACGAGAUUGCAGGUUGCAUAGAAAAGGCCUACGAACAGAUCCAGUUCAGUGAAGCGACCAGAGUUCUUUUCUUCAACUCUCCCAAGAAGAUGACAGACUACGCCAAGAAGAGAGGCUGGACUCAGAACCGGGACGGUUACUACACCUUCACCACCCAGCAGCAGCGGACGGAGGAGGUGAACAUCCCGUCCACAGAGCUGGCGCAGCAGGUCAUCGAAUACGCGCGGCACCUGGAAAUGAUUGUGUAAUCCGCCCCCGGGAAACACUCGGCCACGCAGAGACAAACACGCCGCAGCGGCAGGAAGCACCAGACCACUUCGAACUCCAGCGCCGCCGUUCCCUCAGGGCGGAUCUGCAGACCAAACUGAGUUUAAUCUGGAUUAUUUUCAACAUUUACCUUGGACGUUUUUGUUUUUUAAGCUUGAUUAAACGCAUAGAACUUUUUAUUUUCUUCUUUACUUUCAGAAAUGUAAUUUUUUUGUGCCCACAACUGAAAAACGCCAUUAAAAUUUGUUUUCUAACCAGUGAUGUCACUUCCUCCCCAGACGGUUUAUAACAAAAUUGUUUGCAAUAAACUGUUCAGAAAAUAA